AUGAUGAGGACCUUGUUUGACCUGAACAUCAAAGACGUCAGUCAAUGCGUCAUGCCGGGAGUCAAGAAGAGCAACGACGUGGAGUUACAACUACACGAGAGCGACGCCACGGACCAGACAGAGGAUACAUUGGUGGCCAUUCGCGUCACGCUGCCAGAGAAGGAUGAGGACACGGAUGAGCGUUCGCCGGCAGAGAGCCUGCAGAUGGCGGUGAUGGAGCGGGCUAAUAUUCACGAUGUCAAGGGGAAAGUACUGGUCGAGUUCAACGAGAGCCAAGGCACCUUCGACUUCCCGAGAGGACGCUACUCAGUCGAAAUGUAUAGCCACUUCAUGCGUAUGCAUGGCUCCAGGUACGACUACAAGAUCCAGUACAACGAUAUAUCCAAGUUGUUCUUGCUGGAAAAGCCGGAUGAGCGCUACGUGGCGUUCGUGAUAUCUCUGGAUAAGCCUAUUCGGCAGGGGCAACAAAAGUACCAGCACUUGGUGCUGCGUACAACAAAGGACGAGGCCGCGAUAACGGUGAACAUGAGCGCGGAAGAUCUACAGAAAAAAUACGACAGCAAUCUUAACUCGGAGAUGAUCGGGCCUCUUCACAACCUCGUCGCUAAGGUGCCGAAGCUGAUCUUCAAGGUGCUAUCGAGCAAGCCGGUUUACGUGACGGGCAAAUUUAGCAGCACCAAUGGCGCCAAGGCUGUCAAGUGUGCGCUAGGGGCCAACGAGGGAUACCUGUACCCCCUCAACAAGGGAGCAGGCGUGACCCGCAACUUCGACCUGUGCGUCGCGCCAAAGUCAGUGGCGGGCGAGACCCCGAAGCCGUAUGUGUUCAGUGGUAUCGAUCGAUCGGAGUAUUCCUCCUUGUACUCGUUUUUGAGCACUAAAAAGCUUCGAAUCAAGAACAUCAAGGAACGCGGCAACGACAACGCCAUGCUUCAGCUCGGGGAUCUUGAUGACCACGAUCCCUACAAGGCGGCCCUGGAUGACGACGAGGGCGAGGAUGAAGAGAGUGAAGAUGACGCCGACUACGCCCCGGACGCACGUGGUGGAUCCGACGCGGAAUCGAGCUCCGACUCCGAUGGAGACGACGCCGACUACGCCCCGGACGCACGUGGUGGAUCCAACGUGGAAUCGAGCCCCGUCUCCGAUGGGGAUGAGGACGAGGACAGCGACGAUGGCGCACACAAAACUUCGAAAAAGAAACCAGGGACUGGGUCUGCGAAGAAAGGGGCAACUCAGAAGAAGGUCGGCUGCAGCCCUGAACCUUCGUCGCUCAAUCCAUGCUUCCCUCAGCGUGCCUCGGGUGGACAUUCUUCGAAACCGACGCCGAAGAAGAGGACUAAGAAGGACAAGGAUGCACCCAAGGGCGCCAUGAGUGCUUUCAUGCAAUUCUCCCAGGCGAACCGCGCUCAGGCUUCAAACGACGUUUAG